AUGCAGCACCCUCAUCCUCCUCCAGACUGUGAAAGAAAUGAGAAUAUUUACCCCCUUAAGUUGCGUAGGGGAAUAAACAAUCACGUCGUACAAACUGAGCGUAUCAUUUGCAGUGACAUGGCACAAGGAUACGAGAACGUUCCGAUCCCGUGUGUUAACGGCGUGGAUGAUGAAGGCUGUCCGUCUGACUACAAAUACAUCGCAGAGAACUGUGAAACGUCUGCAAUGAACAUCGACCGCAACAUCACACACCUGCAGGACCAUCGACUUCUUCAGGACUUUAAUAAGAUCGAGCCUCCUCUGAUCUUCGAGUGCAACAUGGCCUGUUCCUGUCACAGAACCUGCAAGAAUCGAGUGGUGCAAGCUGGAAUCAAGGUGCGUCUGCAGCUUUAUCGUACAGAGAAGAUGGGUUGGGGCGUCAGAGCUCUUCAAGAUAUACCACAAGGAAGUUUCAUCUGGGAGUAUGUUGGUGAGCUGAUCUCUGACGCAGAAGCUGAUGUGAGAGAAGACGACUCAUACCUCUUUGACCUUGAUAACAAGGAUGGUGAGGUGUACUGUAUUGAUGCACGUUACUAUGGCAACAUCAUUCGUUUUAUAAACCACCUCUGUGACCCGAACAUCAUCCCGGUGCGUGUGUUCAUGCUGCAUCAGGACCUGCGAUUCCCUCGCAUCGCAUUCUUCAGCUCCAGGGACAUUUUUACCGGACAGGAACUCGGGUUUGAUUACGGCGAUCGCUUCUGGGAUAUCAAGAGCAAGUACUUCACCUGUCAGUGCGGUUCAGAGAAAUGUAAACACUCGGUGGAGGCCAUCGCACUGGAGCAGAGCAGACUGGCACGCCUGGAAAACUGUCCGGAAUCAUGCAGUGAUCCUGGACUUCCUGUGUUAGGACAAACAUGA